GUAAGCUUUUGAUAUGUAUGAAAGUACAUGUGAUGCCACCCAGUGGUUUAGCUCUCAUACACAGUAUGUCGUCGACACAGAGGUGGUCAGAGAAGGCAUGGGCACUCUUACAGCUGUUGUUGGUGGCGUCUUUCUCUCAGGCUGAGGAUCCGGUGUGCAGGAGGAUAGGGGAUCCUGAGAUCCCCCAGAUGUUUAAAGAUGGGGACAUUAUAUUGGGGGGAAUCUUCUCUUUCCACAAUACAUGGAAAAACAGACAGGAUACCUACAUGCACAAACCACUGCCGCUGCAGUGCACCAGUUUGAAUUUCAGAGGUUUCCAGUAUGCCCAGGCCAUGCUCUUUGCCAUAGAGGAGAUUAAUAACAGCACAGACCUACUGCCUGGCAUCUCUCUGGGCUAUAAGAUCUAUGAUGCCUGUGUCUCCAUUGCCAGAGGUGUGAGGGUCGCAUUGGCCUUGGCAAAUGGUAAUGAAGGGGUAUCUGCACCCUCAGAGGCACCAUGUACCAGACGUGCCCAAGUGCAGGCUGUUAUGGGAGAGACAUUUUCCUCUAUUUGCAUGGCUAUAGCUACUGUCAUCGGACCCUUUCAUAUCCCACUGAUCAGCCACUUUGCAACUUGUGCUUGUCUCAGUGAUAAAACCAAGUACCCAUCCUUCCUCAGAACAAUACCCAGUGACUACUACCAGAGCAGAGCCCUGGCCCAUUUGGUAAAACACUUUGGUUGGACUUGGGUUGGAGCUAUAAGAACAAAUGAUGAUUACGGCAAUAAUGGAAUGGACACUUUCACAGAAAUUGCCCAGCAGCUGGGCAUUUGUCUGGAAUAUUCUGUAUCUGUCUUUAGAACAGAUCCACCAGAUAAAAUACAAAAGACAAUUGAAAUGAUCAAGGCUUCUACUUCAAAGGUCAUUGUCACCUUCCUCUUCCCAAAAGAGUUGCAUGUGAUAAUAAACAAGUUGGCUCAACACAACCUGACUGGGUACCAGUGGGUAGGUACUGAGGGCUGGAUCCUUGAUUCUGAAAGCGCAGCAGUGGAUAGGCAUCACAUUCUGGAUGGUGCCAUAGGCCUGUCUAUCCCCGCAGCACUUGUCAGUGGCAUGGAAGAGUUCAUGCUGAAUGUGAAGCCACUCAAUUCAUCAAGUAAUGAAAUGUUUACAGAGUUUUGGGAGACAUUAUUUAGCUGUAAGUUCACACAGUCAAAGUCAUCAACAGGGAAUCAGAGAGAAUGUACUGGAGAUGAAGAUCUGACUGGAGUGCAAAACAGCUACACUGAUAUGUCGCUCAUGCCUAUAUUUUACAAUGUCUAUAAAGGAGUGUAUGCUGUGGCCCACGCACUUCAUGGCAUUCUCAGCUGUAAUAAAACAUGUAACACCAAGGUGCAGCUAGAUCCCUUUACGAUUUUACAGCACAUAAGAACGAUUAAUUUCAAAACAAAGGAAGGAGAUGAUGUUUACUUUAAUGAGAAUGGGGACCCACCGGCAAAGUAUGAAAUUAUAAACUGGCAGCCAACAGAAAAUGGCAUUGUGGACUUUGUUACAGUUGGCCUUUAUGAUGCCUCUUUACCUGCAGGCAAACAGCUGACUUUGCAAAAUAAGUCUUUAAUUUGGGCACAGAACUCACAACAGGUGCCAGUGGCAGUUUGCAAUGAGAAAUGCCCUCUAGGAACUCGCAAGGUUCUCCAGAAAGGAAAACCUGUCUGCUGUUAUGACUGCUUAAGAUGUGCAGAGGGAGAAAUCAGCAACAUUACAGAUGCUAUCACGUGUGUGCGGUGCCAUCCUGAGUUCUGGUCAAAUGAGAGAAGAGAUGCCUGUGUAAAGAAGGAGGAAGAGUUUCUAUCAUAUGAAGAGAUUAUGGGAGCACUGCUCACUGCAGCUGCCCUAUUUGGAACAUUUAUGACUGCUGUUGUGGCAUUCAUUUUCUUCAGAUACAGACAGACUCCUAUUGUCAGAGCCAACAACUCUGAGCUGAGCUUCCUGCUGCUCUUCUCAUUGAAUCUGUGCUUCCUGUGUUCUCUGACCUUCAUCGGCCGGCCCUCUGAGUGGUCCUGCAUGCUGCGACACACCGCAUUCGGCAUCACCUUUGUCCUCUGUAUCUCUUGUGUUCUGGGGAAAACAAUAGUGGUGUUAAUGGCCUUCAGAGCCACACUUCCAGGGAGUAAUUGGAUGAAAUGGUUUGGGCCUGUGCAGCAGAAACUCAGUGUUCUGGGUUUCACUCUUAUACAAGUUAUCAUAUGUAUCCUCUGGUUAUCAAUUUCUCCUCCUUUUCCCUUUAAGAAUUUUAAGAAGUUCAAGGACAGAAUCAUCUUAGAGUGUGCUCUGGGCUCAGCUGUGGGCUUUUGGGCUGUACUUGGGUACAUAGGACUUCUGGCCAUGUUAUGUUUUAUUCUUGCCUUUCUGGCUCGGAAACUGCCUGAUAAUUUUAACGAAGCCAAAUUUAUCACCUUUAGCAUGUUGAUAUUCUGUGCAGUGUGGAUCACUUUUAUCCCAGCAUAUGUCAGCUCUCCUGGGAAGUUCAGUGUUGCUGUGGAGAUAUUUGCUAUUCUGGCUUCAAGUUUUGGACUGCUCAUUUGUAUUUUUAUUCCAAAAUGUUAUAUUAUCUUACUGAAACCAGAGAAGAACACAAAAAAGAAUAUGAUGGGGAAGGAGACACCAAAAGCAUUCUGAAAGCAUACUAAAUUGUUGGCAUUCUAGUGCCACCAUCAUUUCUACAUAAUAAUUCAUUAAAAAGACUGUCAAGUAGACAUCUAUCUUUCUUUCACUGAAUUUUCACUGUACUACUAUAGUAUUUUUUCCAUUGUAUGUCAUUUGAGCAUAUUGAGAUGACAGCAUCUAAUACUAUGUGAGACAAUUAUAUUGACCAAUAUAUUUAUAUAUAUGCACAAGCCCAAAGGCUAAUGAAGAAUAAAAUCCACAGUUACUGAAAAAACAUCUUUGGUUUCACUUUCUGAUAAAUAAUUUCCCCCUGUUUUGUUACUUCACGUGUUUUCUCAAUUUUCAGUAUGGUGAGCUUUCAGAGCCACUGUAGUAUUCAGCAAACCAUAUCUAAAACCCUGUACGCAUUUUGAUGCACAAAUUGUUCAGUCUUUUUAUGUAACUCAGUCAUUUAAAUUACAGUAAGGCUUAGAGUUAUCCAUGACGAAGGCCAUGGCCGCUUUGAGUGACAGUUGACUGUCGUCACAGGUGACUGUUUUCAGUAAUCAGACUUCAUUCAGCCCACCUCAGUUCCACAUCACUAUCAUGGAAACUCUUCUACCUCUACUCUGAUUUCUAGGAUGGACAUUCAGCCUUGGGAGAGGCAUGGAGCAUGCCCCAAAACUUCCCCUACAACACAUUGCUCUGAGCCAUGGCAUAAAGCGUGGAAGGGUAGCCCUCCUUGUCUCAGUAAGCCUCAGCCUUUACGACUGCAAUAAAUUUGAUAUCUUGAGUGUGGUGGGACUUUCCACUAUUAAAUGAUCAUCAGGAUUCCCCCUCCCUUUCCCCAGAGACACCUGUGCUCUCAACGUUUACACACAGCUGGACUGCUGCCGCCCCUGAUGCUCCUGAUGGAGCUAACAUUACCACUGCUGCUAUUCUAGCUUCAAGUUUUGGACUGCUCAUUUGUAUUUUUAUUCCAAAAUGUUACAUUAUCUUACUAAAACCAGAUAAGAAUACAAAAAAUAAUAUGAUGGGGAAGGGGGCACCAAAAUCAUUUUGAAAACUUGUUGUCAAAGGCAUUCUAGUGUCAUCAUAAUGUUUAAAUAAAAAUUGUUAUCUGUCAAUAA